AUGGUUACGCCGUACAACCCUGUAUCAAAUGGUGGAGCCGAGCGGGUGAUGCAAACCAUCAAGGACAAGUUCAAGAAGAGCCACACUGGGGAUUUUCGGACGCAGAUUGCCCAGAUACUCUUCAGUACCGGAUCACGCCCCACAAUGUCACUGGCCGUGCUCCCUCCCACAGGAGGACUAGCGGCAGCACCAGUCCCUUCGAGCGGGACACCGCCCAUGUCGAAGGCGACAAGCGUUGCCAGUGGUGCGGCGCCCGUUGGGCCGGUUUCGAGCGCGUCACCACCCACAAGGCCGGCCACUGCGGAUCCUCCGGAUGGAGCGAGGAUGUCUCAUGCAGCACCCGGCGUUGCCCCACCCGGCCCGUCAAUACCGGUGCCCAGCCCAGCCCAGGCCAGGCCAGGCCAGGCCCAGCCGGCCAAGCCAAGCCAGGCCAAGCCCAGCCAAGCCAAGCCCAGCCAAGCCAGCAGCCAAGCCAAGCCAAGCCCAGCCAAGCCAAGCCCAGCCAUGCCAAGCCGGCCAGCCAAGCCGGCCAAGCCAGCAGCCAAGCCAAGCCAGCAGCCAAGCCGGCCGGCCGGCCGGCCAGCCGGCCAGCCAGCCAGCCAAAGAACCUUAUUGAGGUCCUGA